CAGGCAGUCCAGCUCAAGCAACAGCAGGAGACGGCGAGGCCCGGAGGAAAGGGGAGCUGGGAUCAGGGCCCAGCACCCAGGAUGGCUGUGUGGCCACUUCUCUGGAUCCAUGCGACCUUCAUCCUCUGGCUCUUCAGCCUCGUGGGGGCCAUCGAGGUGCCUCUGGAUCCAAACAUUCAAAAUGAGCUAUCUCAGCCCCCAACCAUCACCAAGCAGUCAGUGAAAAAUUACAUUGUGGACCCUCGGGAUAACAUCCUCAUUGAGUGUGAAGCUAAGGGGAACCCUACCCCCAGUUUCCAGUGGACACGAAAUAGCCGGUUCUUCAAUGUGGCCAAGGAUCCCCGGGUGUCAAUGUUUCGCCGGUCAGGGACACUGGUGAUUGACUUCCGGAGUGGUGGGCGACCUGAAGAGUAUGAGGGAGAAUACCAGUGCUUUGCCCGCAACAAAUUUGGGACGGCCCUAUCUAACAGGAUCUUCCUGCAGGUGUCAAAGUCACCCCUGUGGCCCAAGGAAAACCUGGAUCCUGUAGUGGUUCAAGAGGGAGCCCCCCUGACCCUCCAGUGCAACCCCCCUCCUGGGCUGCCAUCUCCUGUCAUCUUCUGGAUGAGCAGCUCUAUGGAGCCUAUUAACCAGGACAAGCGUGUCUCCCAAGGCCAGAAUGGGGAUCUGUACUUCUCCAACGUGAUGCAGCAGGAUGCCAAGACUGACUACAGCUGUAAUGCCCGCUUCCACUUUACCCACACCAUCCAGCAGAAAAACCCAUUCACGCUCAAGGUCCUCACAACCCGAGGAGUCUCAGAAAGGACACCCAGCUUCAUGUAUCCCCUGGGCACAUCGAGCAGCCAGAUGGUGUUGAGGGGCAUGGACUUGCUGCUGGAGUGCAUCGCCUCGGGGGUACCAGCACCGGACAUCGCAUGGUACAAGAAAGGUGGGGACCUCCCAGCUGGCAAGGUCAAAUUUGAAAACUUUAAUAAGGCCCUGCGUAUCACCAAUGUCUCAGAGGAAGACUCUGGGGAAUAUUUCUGUCUGGCCUCCAACAAGAUGGGCAGCAUCCGCCACACGAUCUCGGUGAGAGUAAAGGCCGCCCCCUAUUGGCUAGAUGAACCCAAGAACCUUAUCCUGGCCCCAGGUGAAGAUGGGAGGCUGGUGUGUCGGGCCAAUGGAAACCCCAAGCCCACUGUCCAAUGGCUGGUGAACGGGGAUCCUUUGGAAGUGGCACCUCCCAACCCAAGCCGUGAGGUAGCUGGAGACACCAUCAUAUUCCGGGACACUCAGAUUGGCAGCAGCGCAGUGUACCAAUGUAACGCAUCCAACGAUCACGGUUACCUUCUAGCCAAUGCCUUCGUCAGUGUUCUGGAUGUGCCCCCUCGGAUGUUGUCCCCUCGGAACCAACUCAUCAAGGUGAUCCAUUACAACCGGACUCGGCUGGAUUGUCCUUUCUUUGGGUCCCCAAUCCCCACCCUCCGAUGGUUUAAGAAUGGGCAGGGGAGCAACCUGGAUGGUGGCAACUACCAAGUCCAUGAGAAUGGCAGCUUGGAAAUGGCCAUGGCCCGAAAAGAAGACCAGGGCAUCUAUACUUGUGUGGCCACCAACAUCCUGGGCAAAGCAGAGAACCAAGUCCGCCUGGAGGUCAAAGACCCCACCCGGAUAAUUCGGGUGCCUGAGGACCAGGUGGUCAAGAGAGGUUCAAACGUCGUGUUGGAGUGUCGAGUGAAGCAUGACCCCACCCUGAAGCUUACAGUCAACUGGCUGAAGGAUGAUGAGCCGCUCUACAUUGGAAACAGAAUGAAGAAGGAAGAGGACACCCUCACCAUCUUUGGUGUGGCCGACCGGGACCAAGGAAGCUACACUUGUAUGGCCAGCACUGAGCUUGACCGAGAUAUAGCCAAGGCCUAUCUCACUGUGCUAGCUCAGGCUGUUCCGACUAACCGUAUGGCUCCCCUGCCCAAAGAGCGACCAGAUCCUCCUCGAGAUCUGGAGCUGACUGACCUGGAGGAGAGGAGUGUGAGACUGACCUGGAUCCCUGGGGAUGACAACAAUAGCCCCAUCACAGAGUACAUUGUCCAGUUUGAAGAGGACCAGUUCCAGCCCGGUGUCUGGCACAGCCAUUCCAAACACCCAGGCAGCGUCAAUUCAGCAGUUCUCCAGUUGUCCCCCUAUGUCAACUACCAGUUCCGGGUCAUUGCCGUCAAUGAUGUUGGAAGCAGUCAUCCUAGCCAACCAUCUGAGCGCUACAGGACCAGUGGUGCACCCCCAGAGUCCAACCCAGGUGAUGUGAAGGGAGCGGGGUCCAGAAAGAACAACAUGGAAAUCACAUGGACGCCCAUGAACGCCACAUCUGCAUUCGGACCCAACCUCCGCUAUAUUGUAAAAUGGCGGCGGCGGGAAGGAAGGGAGAGCUGGAACAAUGCCACGGUGUGGGCCUCCCGAUAUACCGUGGUGCAGACCCCUGUCUACGUGCCUUAUGAGAUCCGAGUGCAGGCGGAGAAUGAUUUUGGGAAGGGACCCGAGCCAGACACCGUCAUUGGCUACUCUGGGGAAGAUUUACCCAGUGCCCCCAGACGUUUCCGAGUCCGGCAGCCCAACCUGGAGACAAUCAACUUGGAAUGGGAUCACCCAGAACACCCCAAUGGGAUCCUGACAGGAUACAAUCUUAGAUACCUUGCCUUUAAUGGAACCAAGACAGGGAAGGCUGUGGUUGAGACCUUCUCUCCCAAUCAGACUAAGUUCUCAAUACAGAGAGCUGACCCUAUAUCCCGAUACCGCUUCUCACUCAGUGCCAGGACCCAAGUGGGUCCCGGGGAAGUGGUCACGGAGGAGUCACCAGCUCCACCAAAUGAAGCUACUCCAACCCCAGCUUCCACCAAGAACCAGGUGGACAUCGCCACCCAAGGAUGGUUCAUCGGGCUCAUGUGUGCGAUUGCUUUGCUGGUGCUGAUCCUACUCAUCGUCUGCUUCAUCAAAAGGAGUAGAGGAGGGAAAUAUCCAGUUCGAGAAAAGAAGGAUGUUCCCCUUGACCCUGAAGACCAGAAGGAAGAGGAUGGUUCCUUUGAUUACAGAUGAGUCCCAGGAAGAGAAUGGAGGGAUGGCCCCUCCCCAGAGAGCAGCAAGAGACUGGCACAAGGAUCAAUCAGCAAUCGGACAGAGAAUCUCUAGUAUUCAGACAUUUCUGGGCCCCCUCAGUUCCAAAGGAUGCCUUUCCGCCAUAUACGCGCAGCCCCCAUGCAACCUCGACAUUGGCCUUUUUCCACACCUACCUGGGCCUGGCUUCUUUCUGCAAAACAACAGUAUUUUUUGACAGAGGGAGGGUGAACAGCCUCUCUCUGGCUCAUGCUGAAAGCUGCACACACAUGUUGCUACCACUCCCUUAUUUACAAUGUGGGGGUAUGACUCCCCAGCCUCCUCAAAAUAUAUGGAGUUACUUUUAUCCUGAUGAAGAGGUCUUGGACUGCAGGAACAAGAAGGUGGUGCUUGAAUGAAAAGGUCUUCAGUUCCUGUGACCAGGUCUGGGUACCUGACAAAGGUAGAAGUGUUUGGGCCUAGAGAAGGAACGAAAGAAAGCAGCUUCUGGAUUUGGGCUUUCCUCCUCUCUCCCUCGUAAAACUCCAAAUUUGACAGUGGAUUAGAAGGAGAAGAACAACACCCAAGAUGUCCGAGUCAACCCCUGACCUGGAAGUAGAUGAGAAAGAGUCCAGCAUGGCAACCCUGGAGGAGACCGGACCUUGUCCCAGGCAGAACAAGCUUUGCCCGUUUGAGAAGUGUGAGAUGGCUCUCCCUCUUUUCCUCUCCAAUGCACUGGAUAUCAUCUCCACGCUCCCCAUUCAGGAGGGUAUCAAGACUCAUACUUUACAUGUCAUGUGAACGGUGGUCACCGGUGGGUUCCUGAAAGGCCUCAGCCACAAGUCUGUUCCCCCCUACACACACACAUACACCCCAGACCAAACUGGUGUUAUCCUUCUGUUGGGGUAUUUACAUAUCAGAAGAACCUAAGGUAACAAUACUAACAGCACUCUACCACCUCUGCCCAGAUAAGAAUCCCUCUCAUUGCAAUGUUCUCCCUAUGCCUUACCCAGCUCCCAGCUAUCCUUGGAGUUCUGGGGGUUCCCCGGCCCUCGCUGCAAACCCCAAUGCCCCUGAGGCGUCAGACUCAUGGAGAAUCCGGCCACCUAUGCAAUGCUUCACAGCAGAAGAACAACUGACCACUCAGCACCAAGCCCAGACCUGUGGUGAGAGGAGUCAUUUUCCCACCAGCAGUGAAGGGGACAGUGCUGCCUUCCUGGUUCCCACCGAGCGAGCGCAUUUCUUAAAAACCAAAGUUACCUAGCCUGUGUGCGAGAGAUGGUGGGUGUUCCAUAGCUGUAGCGCAUCUCUGGAGGACGUUGCUAUUUCCCCUGUCAUGGAUCAAGUACCAUACUAAAGCUUGAACUAGCCACUGGUUGGCAAAAGAGCCUUGAUGGGACCAAGGCUGAGCCCUCCAGACCAGUUGUUUCUCAGUGGCAUUUGCCACAUCUCCAAGCCCCAAAGGUAUUAACAGCAAAACUACUUUGUGUGAUGUGAAAAUCAUUCAGAUGAAGCUUAAACUUCCCUGUACAACAGCACAGGCAGGGAAGCAUACUGGAGAGCUAGGCUGGGUGCAUUAUUCAAACUUGAGAGCAAUCAGAUGCCCCAUGGACUGGAUUGGUAUAGCACCAGGCCUAUUUCCAUAGGAAGAUGCUCUCCGGUCUUGAAACGGGGCAGGGUAAAAGGCUAGGGGGAGCAAGUUCAGGCCUCCUUUGCUCCUAUAUAGAGGCAACAAGCCAUUCUAUUGGAGGCAUGGGGGACCCCGAAGGGAAGGAUAUCUUCCUCCAGAGAAUCCCCAUGAGACUAUGAGCCUUUCCAGAAAGGACCUCGAGGGAGGGAAAGACCAAGCCUCCUUUGGUCCCUUGUUCUAGUGUUCCGACAACCAUGAUUUUCCUGACUGCUGAGGCAAUAAAGGUGCUGUCCCUCUCAAAAUCAUUUGUAAGAUGCCUGUUCAAGGUUGGGGAUUCAGCCUGCUGCUGGGGAUGCAAGUGUUCUCUCCACACCCAGCUGACUGACCUGUGCUUCAUGUGCUCCAUCAAAUCCAUAAUGCACAUGGGCUCACCGGGGGCAAGGCAGGUCACCUGCAGUGUGGGCAGCUGCCUCUGGGAAGCAGAGCCUCAGAGAUCACCAGGUCAGGUACAACCCCAUGCUGGCAUCAGCCCCAGGUCAGCAGGCAAAUAGUAUUGGCCAGCAUUCACUACUGGGCUGGGUCUCUCAUGCAGUCACCGAAAGACAUAGCUACAGCAGGUGCCAGGAGUUUAGAAAAAAAGAAAACAUGAAAAAAAAAAGCCCAGGUGCUUCAGCCGGUCAGUCUGGCUGAGAUGGGGGGUGGGGGUGGGAAUGCUGACCAUCUUGCCAGGGCUUGAGCAGUAUCAACAUCAGGCUCGCUGUUGGUGAACAAAGCCAAAUUCAGCUACCCAGAAUGUCUUGUUCCCUCCCCUCCCCAGUUGUCCCAUCAGAAGGCUGUUUAUCCUCACCUUUAGACCACAAGGACUGUGACUUCCUCUGUCUUUGAACAAAGUGGGUAUUGAAUUGUUGACCACAGUCCAUCUUGUGAAAGCUUAAUAGCUUUUUGGCUCCAAGCCCCAGGAAACAGCCCAGAGAGGACAAGCCGAAUUCUUUGUUAAAACAAGCUUGAAGGUGACCAGAAGAGUGGGUGCAGGGGAACUCCAGGGUUCCCUUCCUAGAGGAAAUGCCUUGCCACCUUGGUCAAGCUGACCAGGCUCCUGGUGCCUCCUCCUUCUACCCAAGAGAUUUCAGAGGUAAUGCGUGGAUAUGGCAGUGGCAAGAGGUACUGAUCUGUUCCUUCUCUGUGUCUCUUAGCCUUACCAUGGAAAGCUUUGUGGGUUUUUGGCUAGAGUAUCAUGAGGAAAGAGAAGAGAAAGAGGAAUCUGCUUUCUUGUGUCUCCUGUUUUAACUGAGAUCAAGCCAAAAAGAGAACCAGGCUUAACUCAUUCCAGGCCUCUGUCCAUCCCAGCUAAGUGUUCAUUCUGUUGAGAUGAAGCUGUUAGCCCUUUAUAUUCUGGCUGCCAGGGGCAUCUGUCAGACAGUCACAUGGAGAGAGUAGGGGCCUGAAGAACCAUAGGACCCAAGGAGAGUUGAAUCCAUCCAUAUUGUAUGAAUGAUCUCUCGUGGAUCAGAAUCCUUUGCUAAUAACAAGAUCUUUGAGGGUCAAGGGGUACAUCUUUGCCCUGGACCUGAAUAUUGAAUUGGCAUCUAGGUUUCCCUUGGGUCCCAGACCCAGCCAACAUGUUAGCCAAUACUGCUGCAAUAUUAAGUUCUUUUCUUCCAAUGACCUCUUUUCUUCCAAAAAAUACCGAUACAUAGAAAACCUGAUAAAAUCAGUUCAUCAGAUUUAGCACUUAGAAGGGAACUUGGAAAUCAUCUAAUCUGAUGCCCUCAUUUUACAGAUGAGCAGAAUGAGACCCAGAGAAAUGACUUGCCUAAAUUCUCACUGUGUCUAAUCCAGGAUUUCAGUGACCCUGUUAUUCUGACUCCUAUUCCAGAACUUUUUUUUCCCUAACACAGACCUUUUUUUAAAUACCUAUACUGGGUGCUGAGCACUCUGCUAGGGGCUGGAGGAGGCAGAGUUUGCAUAAGACACAGGCCCUACCUUCUACAUAGCCCAGUUUAGAAGAAGCAUGCCUUCGAGAGAAGCAAGGGAUCAUGGCAAGACACUACAAGUCAGGAUAUAGAUGUGACACGUGGGAUGGAUAACUCCAAAAACUUGAAAUGUCAGGAGGGGGCAUGCACGGAACUCAACUCCAGGCUGGCUCUGGGGCAACCCUCAACUUGUUCAAACCAAGGCAUUCAGAAGGGUUGAUUUCUACCCAGACUCUACAGUGGCCCUCAUAUAAACCAUUUGGUGAAGGGCCCGUGGACUAAUGUGUUCUCUCCUGUUUAAGAGCAGUGUUUCCCGAGAUAGCUUCAGGCAGUAGAGAGGUCCCAGGUGCCCCAGUUAUACCCUAGGACCUGUGCCCUGCUUACAUCACAUCAGUAUUAUAUGGAUAUUCUAUGAAAGAUGAACAUGGAUGAAGGUUGCCAGUUUCACCUGAUUUGAAGAAUCCCUUUAUUCAAGUUGGACCCUGAUGGCCAGACGUUUCCUCCCUAAAUGGACUUGCCCCUCCUGAGGAUGGAUUGCAGAUAGGAUUCUUCUGGUUCUAGGGAUUUGAUUUGAUUUUCUCAUGUUUCAUAGCUAACCCAACCUUGCAUCUGGGAACACUCCCAGGACAACAGAAGAGAAUGAGUAAGUCAAUUGGCUUAAUGAACUGGUCAUUUAGCUGUGGAGGGCACACCAUGGGAUUCAGUCUAGGGUGCCCGCUACCAGGAUGGCAUCUUUUGUUCUGUUACAUAUCCGACCCUCAUUAUACAUUACACUCCAAGGAUAGGCCUCCAGUCAUCUGUGCUUGUGCCAGUAGAGAGCUGAGGUGCAGUGGAAUGCUCAGCAUUGGGCCACUCCAGCCAGUCAGCACAAGACAAAAAGACUUCAGUUAAGCAAUAAACACAAAAAUCUGGGGAAAGAAAUUCAGAGUUUUGUGUACUAUCAACCCUUUUCUUGUCACAAAUGAAUACAGACACACACACACACACACAAAAAUGGAUGAACCUGUCCCUAUGUCUUUUUCUGCUCCCAGAAAGAGAUGUUCUCAGUCAGUGUUGUCCCUCUGCCUAGCUACCCAGCUCUUUGCCAACUUCUCCAUGAGCUCCUCUUGUUGGAGGACCAGUCACCUAUCACAGGGCCUGCUAUAGUCUGCCCUGGUCCCUGCAGCCCUCGCUGCUCACACUUUCUGUCCACGGUGUCCCCUUUCCCUUGUCUUUCUCCCCCACUAUUCCCCCAUUGAAGCCUAUUGGGCUUCUCUUUCUCCCCACCCCUUUACACUACAAAUUCUCAUUGGUUCUUUGCUGGGGGGAGAAGUUUUCCCCAUUUUUCUCCUUCAGUCUCCCACUCUCUCCCAUCUGUCUGGUCUUGUUUUCAUUCAUUAAAUAUUUAACUUUCCAUGGCAGACCUCAUUUUAAUGCCUUCACAUACACAUUUUUUCCCCUUUUUUCUGAGUUAUUUUGCAUUAACCAACUUUGUCAGCAGUAGAUGAGUAUCAGAGGCUGUCACAAGUGACCUACAGCAGGGAAGAUUUCUGGGCCAUGGAGAACCGUUUAAUUCAUGGACUUAUAAACUGACUGCAUGAGCAAUGAAAAGGCCAAAAUAUUCAGAUUUUUUUUGGAAUCACUGUAAAAAAAAAACCCAACUGAUUUUUUUUGUAUAGAGAACA